CGGUACAGUAGGGCAGAUGCCAUGCUUAGAAAUAUGUUCUCUAAUCUCUUACUUCUCUGGUCAAUCACCCAAGGUCUUUGCAGACCUGGAAGGACUCAUCAUGCUCCACAGAAACAGUCCUGGAGCAACCAGAACCUCUCCUCUGUCCCCCUGGAUCUGGAUGUGAAGCUCCGAAGACUUGAUCUGUCAAAUAACUUCAUCACACAGUUACAUGUCCUUGCUCUGCCGUACUUGGAGCAGCUUGACCUGAGCAGCAACCAGCUGGAUCUCAUCUCCGAGGGGGCUUUUGGAAACCUGGCCCGACUUGUACACUUGAAUUUGUCCAGGAAUCGACUGAGCGUCAGCCUUGGCAACAGCAGCAAAGCCCUCGGAUUCCUUGGCGGACUCAGGAACUUGGACUUAUCAGUGAACGGCUUGAGUAAUGGCGCUGCUGAACUGUUACUGAGAAACAAGUCCUGUCUUGAUCAACUUAAGAUGACUGGUAAUGUUUUGAUAAAACUGUCACCCAGCCUGUUUCGAGAGAGUAAAAGCAUAAGGAGUCUUAAUGUUGAAGAUAAUCUGAUAUCGGAAAUAGCACCGCAGACAUUUGAACCACUAAGCCGAUUAGAAUCUCUCAACUUAGCAAGAAACAAUCUUGCAUUUAUUUGUGAUUUUACUCUAUAUCAAGUGAAAUAUUUGAAUCUCAGCAGAAAUUCAAUGGAGUUCUUUGUUACUCAUGAGGAUGCUGUGUUGUACAAUCUUGAAGUUCUUGACCUCAGUCACAACAAGCUGUUAUACUUUCCAAUUCUACCAAAAAUUAACCAACUAAAGUAUCUACAUUUGCAAAAUAAUUUGCUUGGUGCCCAGGAUUCAGAGGCUGUGAUGGUAAAUGAAGUUAACUCUCUCUAUCAGGACAAUGUAAAUGAGAAAAUGCAUAGAAAAAACUAUCUGCAUGCAAACUGGAGGCUAAUGCCACUGGUUUAUAUUGACUUAAGCUUUAACCACUUCAGCUCUUUUCCUCUUGAGACAUUGAGCUUGCUUUACUCUUUAGAAACACUGAAUUUUAGUAAUAACUGUUUGCAAAAUAUAAACUGGAAUGUUAGGAAUCAUAGCGAUCAGAGUCAAGUUCGUCAGAUUAUUUUUCUUGCCUUAAAGCACCUCGACUUGCAGAGCAACGGUCUUACCCAUGUGUCCCCGCCCUUCCUUAAGGCGCUAACAAAAAUUGAAACACUGAAUCUGCAAGACAAUGCAGUGCAACCCUGCGGCAUUUUGAGUAGAUCUCUGUCAAGAAAGCCCAUUGAUUUCAGAUCUUCCUGCGCUGCAUUUGGGCAGCUGAAGACGCUUAAACAUCUUAAUCUUGGAGAAAAUUAUGUAAAGAUGCUUCCCCCAAACAGCUUUCAGGGAACCUCGCUAAUUUCCUUAAAUCUUGCAAAAAACCUCCACAUGGUAAUGCAUGAGAGGGCACUGGAAGGUGUGGAAAGAACUUUACAGUCUUUGAUUAUCAGCGGGAUAGACAUGAAUAGCUCGUGUCUGUCUUUGCCCUGCAUGCCAGCGCUGACAGAGUUGAAUGUAUCAAACAACAAACUCAAUAGGACACCUAACAGCUUAGGUUGCUCUCCUCUAAGAGUAAUUGAUGUAAGAAACAACACUUUUAUGACUCUAAACUAUUCUUUGUUUCAGGCUGUAUCCACAAACCUGACUACGAUGUUUAUUAGUGGGAAUAAUUUCAACUGCUGUGACAGCAGAUGGCUGACAAUCUUGAAUGAGAUGGGUGUUAGACUGCCUGACAUUAGCCGGGCCGAAUGCUUUACACGAGUGAGGAACCUGACGAUGCCAGAAUACCUAAAAAACCCUUCGUUUUACUGUUCCGUUCAAAAAGAAGGGCAGGGAGUUCACUUUGGACAAAUGGUUAUAACAAUGCUAUUUGUAACUGUAUUAUCAUCAUUGCUCAUUGUUUUUAGCAGGAAGCUUUGUUGCACUCAAAGAUCUUCUAUGGUGUGAUAUCCCAAAAGUCUAUUUUGUACACAAUCUGCAUUUCUAGUGAAAUGUUUAAAUGCACUCACCAUUGUGAUAAAGUGAAAAAUGUGCGGCUUUUAUUGAGGCAUUUGUGCUACUCUUUUCCCUGGUGGAAUGAUCAUAGAGCAUAAAGUUUCAGUAAUGUUUCACAAAACAAGAAGUGGGUGCACUGAGGUAAAUUAUUGUAGACGUUCUCGAAUCCAUAUAGGGUCAAAAUCACACAUAGACUGAAAUACUUUACAUGCAUAUAUCCCUACUACUAAUUAAAUUUCUAUUGGCAAGUUAAAUAGAAAAAUUUCUGAAAAUGCCUCUGGCAUAAGUCUGACUGGAUACGUGACCACAAUUCUGGACAAAUUUGGUGGAGCUCAUUUAUACUGGUUGGUUGCAAGGACACAACUGUUUUUUGUGUGGCACUUUAUUUGAGAGUAUACAGACAGGAAAUGGGUAGAGAGAGAGUAGAGGAGAAUAAAUUUAGCAAAGGUCCCAGAGUCGGGAAUUGAACCCCGGACAGGUGUCGAGGACUAAUUGCCCCUGUAUAUGCUACGCACGGUGUACCUCUACACCACAAGCUGCCCUCCACAGACACAACUUUUAACCAUAUUCCAUCAUUUUCAAUAAGAUUUAGAUUUGGGCCAUUCCAAAAGCUUAAUGUUAAUUAAACUCUGAUGUUGGGAAACUCCUCUUGGGCAGCCAAGAGGCCCAUGGCAAAUAUAAAUAUAAUUUAAAAUAUGAAUUUAUAUAAUUAUGCUGUUUAGAAGCACAGCUGAUUUAGUUAAUGUAAUAAGUGUACUGAAAGUAGUCUAUUUGAUAAAGCGUUUCUGUUUAGAGCAGUGUUUGUAUUUGUUGGGUUUUGACUGAGGGGAAAAAACAUGCUCGUAAUCAAAAAACAUACUUCUUUUAUUGUUGCUUUUAUUGUUGUUGCAAUGAAUACAACAAAAUAUCAUACCGCUUAAGUCAUAUCGCUCAUUUGUUAUGGAAGGUAAUACUGGUGAACAGGCAGCUUCUAGUUUAUGACAGACCUAAGCCGUUGUGGUUUAUGUUUAUUUUCUUGUACAUCCUAACCAAUAUCUUUUCACCUCAGAGUGACUGUUUUGGUCAGAUCGUUGAAACUCGUUCAGAACUGGGUGUUCCAAUGUGACAGUGAUCCCAAACAAACAUUAAAAAUGUUUUCGGUAUUUCAUACAAGAGUGACCAACUCAACUACAUUGGCUGACUUAAAGCAGAUGCUGGUUGAAAAAUGAGAUGCCAUUCCACUGCAGUGUGUGAUCAAGCUGGCAAUCAGCAUGAGGAGGAUUUCUCAGGCUGUUUGUUAAUGAAAUAAAUAAAUUGCCAAACAUU